AUGGCCACCAGCAGCAGCGCCGCCGCCGCAGCGCCUGCUGCUGCUGCUGCUGCAGGCAGCAGCACCACCACUGCGCAGGACUACAACGAAUGCUCCAGCGCAUGCAGCAGCGACCCCACAUGCACCUCCUGGACCUUCAAAGCUUCUGCAUGCACUCUCUUCACCUUCGCAGGGGCCCCCGUCUACGACCCCAAGGCCAUUUCCGGCCUCAGGUCCACUCCCCAGCUCCCUUGGGAUUUCCAGCUCGGCGUGAAGUACAAAGCUGAUCCUGUGGCGACGUGGCCCGCGACUGCGGUUCCCGCCGCUGCUGCUGCUGCCGGCGCUGCUGCUGCUGCUGCUGCUGCUGCCAGCGGCGCGGACGCCGCAGGGGCCCCCGGGGCCCCCCAGGAGGAGCCCCGAACUGCACUGGAGUGCGCAGCACUGGCUGCCAGCGGGCAGUGCUGGAGCUUCCGCGGCGCCGAGUUCGGGGGGGCCCCCCUCUGCAGCAUUUUCGAAGAUUGUGCUGCAGUGGAAGCAGCAGAAGGGUUCGUUUCGGGGGAGGCUGGGGGGCCCCCCGAGGAGCCCGAAGACCCAAAUGGUGACAAAGAAGAAGAGGAACUUGGAGACCAAAAUGGACAAAAUGGUCAAAAUGGACAAAAUGGUCAAAAUGGACAGAAUGGUCAAAAUGGUCAAAAUGGACAAAAUGGACAAAAUG